UAAAAAUGGCACAGCAAGCAAAACAAGCAGCACAGAAAUUAGGAGGCAUGUUCCCCGGUGGUUCUGGUAAGGGCAUUGGCUCUGCCGCUGGUGCCUUGGUCGUUUUGGGAGCUUUGGGUUAUGGUGUGAAUGCUUCUCUUUUCAACGUUGACGGUGGUCACCGAGCUAUCAAAUACACCCGUCUCUUUGGUGUUCAAGAUAAUAUUUACAACGAAGGAACUCACUUUAUGAUUCCUUGGUUUGAAACACCCAUCAUUUACGAUGUUCGUGCAAAGCCUCGUAAUGUUGCUUCUUUGACAGGCACUAAAGAUUUACAAAUGGUCAACAUUACUUGUCGUGUACUUUCAAAACCUCGUGUUGAUCAACUUGCCACCGUUUACCGUACAUUAGGCCAAGAUUACGAUGAACGUAUUUUACCUUCUAUCGUCAAUGAAGUGCUCAAGUCAGUUGUAGCACAAUUCACUGCCUCACAAUUGAUUACUCAACGUGAACGUGUGUCAAGAUUGGUUCGUGAAAACCUCGUUCGUCGUGCACUUCGAUUCAACAUUAUUUUGGAUGAUGUCUCUAUUACUCACGUUGGAUUCUCACCUGUUUUCGAAAGCGCCGUCGAAGCCAAGCAAAUUGCUCAACAAGAAGCUCAACGUGCAGCUUUCAUUGUAGAUAAAGCAAGACAAGAAAAGCAAUCCGUCAUUGUUCGUGCUCAAGGUGAGGCCAAGUCAGCUGAAUUGAUUGGUGAGGCGAUCAAGAACAAGCCUGGCUUCCUUGAGUUGAAGCGUAUUGAAGCAGCUCGUGAAAUUGCCAGCAUCAUCUCUAGAUCUGGAAAUAAGGUCAUGCUUGACGCUGAUACUUUGCUCUUGAACAUCAAUUCACCUAAGCAAGCUUAAUGAUUUAGACAAUGAAAAUAAAAAAAAAAAGGAAAAGGAUAGAGAACGCCAAGUUUUUUAUGCCGGUGAACACUAUGAUUGCAUAAAGUUCUGUUAAUACCAUGACAGUAUUUGUAGUUUUGCCAAUUUUUCAUAAAGGAGAAAAGGAGGAGGUCAUUGUUACUAGGUUACAAGCACAACCCUAACAACGUAGUUCAAAAUGGGGUAAUUACGUUGCCUAGAAUACCUAUUGAUGAGUCAUAUGAUGGUUCAUAACACAGUGGCACAGUGAAUCAUUUCUUGCAUAAAGUGUGCCCAAAGAGCUG